AAUCGCGAGAGAAAUAAAAAGGUUUUGAUAGAAAAUUUGGUUUCGAAGGAGUGCCAGGGCAGACGAGGUGUUCGAGAGUUCGAGGUGCCAUCGUCUUCAACAGUUCGAGUCGCCAGAGCAUCUUCUUCGAAAGUUCGUCUUGGACCUAGGGUUCGAAGCGAACCAGGAGUAGACGCUGGUGUUCGAGAGUUCGAGGCACCCGAUCAUCGCCUUUGAAGGUUCGAUUUCGACCUAGAGUUCGAAGCGAAGCAGCGCAGACGUUGGUGUUUUUAGAGUUUGAGGCAGUCGAGCAUCGUCUUCUACCGGUUUGACCUAGAGUUCGAAGGAGCAGGCUUUUCCUUCGACCUCUGCAUCGAACUCGAAGGAGCGGCUUUUCUGAGGUGUGCGGUAUUUAAUCUAUUGAAGUGGGUUACUGCUUUCGAAGAUGAGUAAUCGUGUGAGAUGGAACGAGGCAAACUUGCAUGAGAUUGAAUCAAAUAAACCUGUGAGGCAGAAAAUCACUGAGCCCAAGACACCAUACCACCCCAUGAUUGAUGAAGAUGGUUCUUCAUCACCAAGAUGUGCUUUUGAUGAUUGUAUUGAUGGUUCUGUUGAUGCUGAGGAUGUUGCAAAUGCUUUGACUAAUGUGGCUUCAUCGAGUAAUACAAUUUCUAGGAAUGAAGGCUGGACUUCAUCAGAAGAAGAAUGUGAUGCCAUGGAAGAAGAUGAAGAUCCUGAAGCUCAAAGAGGAAACUUAAGCUUCAAGGAGCACCGCCGUGUUCACUACGACGAGUUCCGGAAAGUCAAGGAGCUUCUGAGAUCAGGCUCUCUUCUUAUCGAAGACGAAGAAGAAGGUGGAGGAAAGCAGUGUCAAGAAAAAACUUCCCCAGAGCCUGGGAAAGGAAGAGUUCUACCAUGAUUGAUCUUGUGACAACUUAGCACCACCAAGUUUCAGCUCCUCAUAACUCUCCUGUUUCUAUUAUUAUGCCUUCUCACAAACAGCUACAUGCGUGAGAAGCUUAACUGAGCUUCAAUGAAGCUGUCUGUCUUCUUUUAUUUCUCUUUCCAUUUCAGACUUAGGUCGCAUAAUAUUUCUCUCCUUUUGAUGCUACUGCAUCCAGGCUGUGUUCUAAGGGACCGUUUGGUUGUUUGAAAUUAAAAUAUACAAUAAUUUGCAGAAUAAUGAAUUUUUUGGGCUUGUAUUUAUUUUUAUUUUAUCCAUAUUUUUUGAAUAUUUUUAAAUG